AUGGCGCUCCCUCCUGGCCUUCCUCCUCUCGACUCGGGCGUGUUUGGUGUAUCUGCGUCAAGCAUUAUCAAUGCCCCGCCUCAGCACGUUUGGAAUGUUUUGACAGACUUCCAGUCAGGUUUGGAGGAAUCCGUUCGUAACGUCGCUGACGAACAGGGCAAUCCCCUACCCGAUUCUGCCCUAGCGGAAGGUGUCUUCCUCAACAUAUCUGAGGUCCAUAUCCCUCCAACCAUGGGCGACCCAGGACCAUUUGGCAAAUCCUCCGCAUUCGAGCGUGUCAACACGGUUGACACCGUUAAUUAUCGCUUGUCUUGGGAGUAUUGGGGCAAAACGCCAUCUUGGAUCCUUCAUGCAGAACGUUGGCAAGUUUUGAUUGAUUUGGGGGAUGGCCAAACGAAAUAUUAUACGCAGGAGGUUUUCAAAGGCGGUUUGGCGUACGUGGUCAAGGGAAUGCACGAGAAGGGCUUGAAUGAAGGGUUUCAGGCCAUGGCCGACACGUUGAAGGCCAGAGCAGAAGAGACUUCAUAG